AUCGACGGCGCCAUUUCAUUUGUUCUGUUGGCCACGCACCGUCCUUUCCAGCAGUUCUAUCACAGCACCGUCGUAUCAGAGGCUCGGGACCCCUUGAAGCAUCGAAUAUCGUCCGUUGCAGUAGUUUUGUAUUGAUGGGCUCGGCAGCGUCGAAAUCCACGCCAGGAACCCAUACGAGGGAUCUCGCCUCGCCGUCGCGAUUCCGACACGAGGAUGAUUCCGAUUCGAAGGGUAGGAAUGUCAAAAAACAUGACGAAUUGCGGGCCACAGUCGUGUUUGAUUUGACGACAGGCAGCGUACCACAUAAGUUUACCUUGCCAACUCUCAUCUUCGAAGAUGACCCGCUCAUCCGUCGCGUUCCUGCUGAAAUCCUGCAGCGGGUAUUCAGGUUUUACGUCCACGACGACACCACGCAGCAACCCCAUCUGCGCCGUGUGGUGUGUGUCGCGGCUGUUAGUCGAACCUGGCGAUGCAUCGUGCAUUCUUGCGCGGAGCUAUGGACGACGAUCGUCGUCCUUACAGACGAAAAACCCCCCAUAUUCCUGGUUUCGGAUGCUCUCAAACGGUCGGGAGAUAAACUCUUGGAUAUUCGCAUCAAUCUACGUCAUAUGGGAAUGCGAUCUUCGCUUACCUCUGCUCAAAUGGCAUCCUACUGCCGCCAGCUCAUCAGCCUGCUCUCCGAGCACCAGAUGAGGUGGCGAACAUUCCUUAUCAGCUGCGAGUUGCUCACUAUUCCAGGCUCCCGCACUAUAGUGCUCAAGGGACCUCUCAAAAACCUGCUGCAUUUUGAAUGCACUUUCGACUUCUCUCCUCUGGGAUCGCAGGGCAAUGGCGCAGUAAUACCUCAGCUCAUAGACUUCACCGACGUGUCCGCUCCUAACCUUCGGACCCUCACUAUUCGCGUUCCUGCACAGGCAUGCCCCACAAUUACAAACUUUGAGCAGCGUUUCCCUCGCGUGAAGGACCUCGACAUCAACCUCAGCUCCUUGCACGCUGGCCAGCGCAACGACGGCGCAUUCCGUAAAACCAUGCAGGGCUUACCCCACGUCCGUCAUCUCGCACUCAGGAAAUGCGAACCGCACGAUUUCGUGCCGUCGUCCGUCAUUGUUCUGUCGGGUAUGGAGCGAUUGAGCCUCCAGAGCGUCACAUCGAACACGAUGGGCAAAUGGCUGGACAAUAUCACAGCCCCGCAACUGGUAUCCCUCACCCUUUGCGUGACUAAUGGGUUCGGCAACACCACACUGCAGAAUGCUGCUACGUUCCGAGAACGCCUUCCCUCGCUCCGCACGCUCGAGAUUAUCAUCCAUCCCUCAUAUGCGAAUAUUUUCUACCAGUAUGGCGUGCUGUCGGUGUCCUUGUCGACCGUGACUUUCAGCAUCCAUGGCGUCACCCAGCACCGUGCUGCGGCCCGCAUCAACGAGCUUCUCAAGAUGAUGGCCCUUAUCCGUGACGACCGCCGGUGCUUUUCUCGCGUCGUUCGCCUGUACGUGCACGUCAGCCAUUCCAAGGAGCUGAAGUCCUUACUCCACCAACUGGUUCUUGAACGCACGCUUCGCCGAGAGUUCCCGGUCCCAUGUGCGAAGCUCGAGGAGAUACACGUCUGUACUCAUGCGGAGCUACCGCGACAAGACCGGGAGUGGUUCCAGGAAAAGUUGAAGCACUUCACCUGGUCACGAAAUGCGCAAAAUGUACUUGACUUGGAACCCAACUCAUGCAGACUGGUGAACUGUGCUUGAUCUUUGCCCUAUUGCCACAAUCUCCAAAAUAAAAUCUCUCUUAUAUGUCGUCUAACCUCCAGUGCUGUUAUCAUUUUCAACGUCCUCCAUCCUACUGUCCCUCAUACAUC